UUAAGCUUGAGCAAUCGUGAUCAUAGAAAUGCGACAGCUUCUUAUAAGGGACUCUGUGAAACAAACUUUAAAACAGUGGAAAGAAGAUGAAAUAGCGUCCACAAAUACUCAAAAGAGUCUCCAUAUGGAUAUUUCAGUAGUUGGUUGGCUUAUUGGAGUUGCUGACCUGGAAACUGUUGAAGUAUGGCAUUUUGUUCGAAACUCGCCCUUUACCAACUCCAACGAUCUUCAACAUAUAGAUCGAGUACUGUUGAAGGAUAUUGGAUUCUACGCAAGUGCUUUACCUGGUCCUCACAUCCAGUUAUUGGGACCUAUUUAUGUUUCUCAUAGACAAUCCAAGCGAGGCGUAGUAGCGGAGUUUCUAUCCACUAGUCUUGAUAAGGCACUUUCUAUGUUCAGUAUUGAAACUUAUUCUAUGUAUGAUCUUAAAAACGAGUCUUUUUAUAUCAAGGAUUCUUCUUCAAGCUUAUGGGAAACUAUUGAUUCAACUGCUUUAGUGGAAAGUUGUAUGCAACGGGACUGGUAUUGUUUUUAUACUCAGUUGAAGUUGCCUUGUUUAUUUUCUGGUGCAAGAAGAGUUGAUUAUUGUUCAGCAAGUGAUUGUAGUGGACUUUGGGAAACUUUGGAGAGUCGUAUGGAGUUUUUAAGUGUAGAAAAGACUGACUUUAAGCUGUUACGUCAAAAUGAAGAGUUGAAAUGUGAACUACUUGCUCAUUCUAUUGGAUUAUCUCCUAUUGCACAACUCAAUGUGGCAGAUGUUCGUGAAUUGGAGCGUCAUAUUCAAGUUGUUCCUAUUCUUUGCCGUUAUUCACUUGUUUCCAAGGAGAAUGCCGUUCAAGGUAUUACUGUAUCUUAUGAGAAAGUAGAAAAAGUUGAAAGAAUACCAUUUUCAUUGCAAGUUUGUUGUUUAUUAUAUUCUCAAGAUGGAGUGGAUGUGCUAAUUGAAAGUUUGAAACGUCAACUUUGUAACCAAUUCAAGUAUUUGACUAUUGUACUUGAAGAGUUGCCUUUAGAAUGGAAGAUAUUUAAGCCUACUAGUUUAUUGUUUCCUGUGAUGGGUCUGUUGCCUUGUAAUAGCCAAAAUGAAUUGAAGAAUCAUGAAGAGAUGAGGAGAAAGCAUCACGAAGCAUUUCAUGUGGAUAAGUUAUUUCCAUAUUUUCGUCUUGCUGUUGCUUUGUUUUCAUGGAAGGAACAAAGGGAGCGAAUUGAUACAAGUCACUUAUUGGAUGUCCAUAAGAAACUAAUAAAAAAGAAGUCAAAGUCAUCUCAACAUGAAAUACAAAGAAUAGUGAGAGGUUCUUAUCAGUAUUUCCAUUAUAUGCAGGACGGAAUACAAGACAAAGGUUGGGGAUGUGCUUAUCGUUCCUUACAAACUAUUAUUUCAUGGUUUCGUUUACAAGGCUAUACAAGUCAGAACAUUCCAACACAUCAACAAAUACAAGAAAUAUUAGUAGAAAUGGGUGAUAAGGAGACUACCUUCAUAGGUUCCAAACAGUGGAUCGGAGCUACCGAAGUUUGUUAUGUGUUACAACAUUAUUUAGGAGUCGAAAGUAAAAUCUUGUUUAUAUCUUCUGGAGCUCAUGUAGAUAACUAUGCUAGGCAAAUCAUACAACAUUUUGAGCAAGAAAGUACUCCAGUCAUGAUAGGUGGUGGUGAAGAGUUCAAUAUUUGAUACUGGAUCCACAUUAUAUUGGAGAGGAUCAUAUGGAAGUGAUUAUU